UUUAAUUACUUUUGUUGAAAACAUAACAGAGCAUAAACGUCAGUUUUAUUAAUUCUUCGACAAAACUUUUAGUAAAACUUUGUAGAAUUUCAAAUUUUAGGUUAUAUAUUGUGUUGCACGUAAGAUAAUACUAUCCAUGAAGUUAUCGUUAGUUCAAUACAUUUGUCACAUUUAUUUCGAGAUUUGUGACAUCUAUUUAAAAAUUAUGCAAAUACAUAUUUAGGGACCUUUUGACGUGGAACAGCUGAUUGUAUGCGUUAUUCGUCUGACUAUUCUCAACAUCAAAAUGGCCGCGGUCGUGAGAGUGCAGUAAGGGUUGUAUGAUUUUUGGCAUAUAUCGCCAGUUUCGACGUUUGGAGCCGUUGUCAUUAACAUUCAGUAUUUUCGGUUUUCUUCGAAAUCCUUAGUGUAUCGCGUUGUUGCGAUGGACUUUGUGAUAGAUGCUUGUCAAGCUGUUUUUGCUACGGAAGAAGAAUUGAUUUGUUAUCAACGAAAAUACCUGCUGUUAAUAUCCAUGUAACGCUGAUUAUUCUUCGACUACUCUAUAACAAGGUUGAAUAUUAAAAAUGACAGUUGGUACAAGUUUGGUAGUACCUAUAGUCCUAUGGGGUCGCAUAGCUCCGACUCAUUGCAUUUCCUGUAUUUAUUUAUCCCGAGAUCAAAAAACUUUGGUAACAGGAUGUUAUGAUGGUCAAAUAUGUUUGUGGCAAGUAGAUCCUGAAGUAUUAAAGAUGACUCCAAGAUGUUUACUCGUUGGUCAUACUGCUCCAAUAAUGUGCCUCAGUCGAGCAAGCGUUAUUAUGGAACAGAAUUAUAUUGUUAGUAGCAGUGAAAGCGGGGAAAUGUGUACUUGGGAUUUAGUCGAUGGAAAAUGUAGAGAAGCUGUGAAACUUAGCAGUGUUCAUACACAAAUGUUGCCUUAUGUCUCUGCUGGUGGAGAAGAUGUUAGACUUUUUUGUUCUGGAUAUUAUCCUGAGGUUUUAGUAAUGGACCCCUUCAGUUUGGAAGUUUUAUUUACUCUGAGUUCACGUGUUAAUCCCGAUUGGAUCAGUGCAUUGCACGUUUUGCGGCCGGCCAAACGGAAAGGUCGGUUCUACGUGCAUACAAACGACGUUGUGCUGGCCUUAACAACAACUGGCACGGUGAAGGUGUGGACUCUUCUUGGACAUGAGAAUCGAAAUAGCGAACCCCUUUAUGAACAUGAAAGUAAACAGAUACAAUGUCUUAAUGCACUUGCGAUGACCUGUUGUCCAUAUAAUCAGAGGACUGUGUUAAUCGUGUGUUCUAAAGACUGGCAGAUAUAUGAUGCUGGUGAUUUCUCAGUCCUGUGUUCAAUUUCUGCACCUCAUGGUGAACGAUGGAUGGCUGGAGAUUUUCUAGCUGCAGAUAGAGUCAUUAUUUGGAGUGAUGAAGGUCGUGGUUACCUGUAUAAAUUACCAGCUAACAAGCUGAAGGGCAAGGCUCUCAGCAGUAGCGUUGCAGACAAUAAGAAUUAUCAUACUGCAAGUGUUGAAUAUGACCAACCGUACUUGUACUGUACUCUGACACAACCCGGAGAUAAGCCUUUAUCGUGUCCACCAGCAAUGCGAUUAGUUACAGUUCAAAAGCAGAAUAAAACAUUAAAGUAUUUAUUACGUGGUGAUAGCGAGGGUGUUGUUGUUCUGUGGACAGUGCCAGAAGUAACGACUCAACAACUAACUCAAAUCUGUCAAAGUGAUCGCUCAACACCUCUCUCUUUGCCCCCAGCAGUAAAAACAAGUCUCACUACUGCUUGGAAAGAAAUGAAACCACCACCGAUUGGUAUACUAGAUCAACUAGACAGUGGAGACGGACAUGGUAUAAAAUUAACAGCUAGCAUAUAUUUACCACAACAAAGUCGCUUAGUUGUUGGUAGGGAAGACGGCAGUAUUAUCAUUGUUCCUGCAACGCAAACAGUCAUGCUGCAAUUGCUUCAUGGCAAUCAUCAGCAAUAUGAUGAUUGGCCUCCGCACCAAAUACUUUUAGGCCAUUCUGGUAGAGUGAAUUGUCUUUUAUAUCCACAUGGAGCUGCACCGCGUUACGAUCGGGUACACCUUGUUUCCGGUUCUGUCGAUUUUGCUGUUUGCCUAUGGGAUCUUUAUGCUGGAACGCUAAUUCAUAGAUUUUGCGUCCACGCUGGUGAAAUUACACAAUUAAUGGUGCCACCUGAUAAUUGUAGUCCUAGAAUACAAAAGUGCGUUUGCAGUGUUGCAUCAGACCACAGUGUGACUUUAUUGUCACUAGCAGAGAGAAAAUGUGUUGUUCUUGCUUCUCGUCAUCUGUUUCCAGUUGUUACAAUAAAAUGGAGACCACUGGAUGACUUUAUGAUAGUAGGAUGUUCAGACGGGGCUGUAUACGUAUGGCAAAUGGAAACUGGUCACUUAGAUCGUGUAUUACAUGGUAUUAUUGCUGAGGAGGUACUCUACGCUUGUGACGAAAAUACAAUGACAGCAUCUGGUGGAUCAGCUGCUGGUGGUGAAUUAGGCUUAGCCAAUCCUGCUGUGCAUUUUUUUAGAGGCUUAAGACACAGAAAUCUAUCUGCGAUCAGACAUGCAACACAGAGGGGGUUGCAUCAGUUACAACAACUUCAUGGUGGGCAGGGACCCGACCAUGGAAAUCAAAUAAAAGCAAAAGGCGCUCCCUUAAUGAUUCAAGGCUUCAGAAGUAAUCCCAAAGAUCCAGAAAGUCAUAUUUUAUUUUUUGAUAUAGAAGCUUUAAUAGUGCAAUUACUUAGCGAUGAAUAUGGAGCAAUGUCACCUGGUUCUUUGGAAGCACAAGGUCUAAUUUCAGCUUCGGAGUAUCAAAAGGUUGCAGCCCUUACACAAUCUGCUAGCCCAGACGCUCACAAGAAAAUUGCAGACUUUUUUGGUCGUGUCAAGGAUAAAGCAGGCGACGUUGAACGAAUUUUAAAGGAAAAGGAUCGUCACGGUAUAUUGGCUAAAAUGAAGGAGGGUGCAGAGAACGUACACACUAAAAUUCAGGCCAAAGUGGAAAGUGUUGGCCUCAAGCCGUCCACUCUUGACGGCAAAGGUGAAAACUGGAACAAUAGUGAUGCUGCUAAAAAUAAUUUAAAACGAAAUGGAGCUUUUAAUGAACCAAAUGCAACUAUGGAAGUAGCUCAGCUUAUAUUGAGUCUGUUACAUUCUUGGGGUUUGGAUCCAGAUUUGGACCGUGUUUGUGAAGGAAAAUUAGGCUUAUUGAGACCUAUGGUUCCUGUUUCAUUUGGAGUAUUAUCUAAAGGAGGUUACAUGUCAUUAUUAUUACCAACUUGGCAAACACAACUGGAACCAGUUGGUGAACCUGCAACUCAAUUGGAGCAACGUUUACCAGUUGAAUUAGUUAGACAAGAAAGACUUACCAGAGCGUUCACAGCAAGAGCGCAUUGGGAGCUAUCUACCACAUUAACCAGUAAUCAUUUAUUGGCAAUAGUUGCUUUGGCAAAUACUUUAAUGUCAAUGAACAAUGCAACUUUUGUAUCUGAACAAGAAAGAAAUCGAAAAAUGCAUAGACCAGGUAAUAGAUCAGCGGUUAGUUGGAACAAAGCAGAAGAAGAAAAUGAGGAAAUUUAUACUGCGCAACAAGCACAGAUCAAACAAGGUUGGUCCCUUUUGGCAACACUACAUUGCGUGCUCUUGCCUGAUAAAGUAACUGCACAAGGUGGUGCAAAGACAUUUAAGCGACCUCAAGUCGAAAUGAUGGCAAGGAGAUGGCAACAUCAGUGUCUUGAGAUACGUGAAGCAGCUCAAGCUUUAUUACUCGCUGAAUUAACUAGAAUGGGGCCAAAAGGAAGGAAAACACUUGUAGACAGUUGGUCACAAUAUUUACCAAUGUAUAGUACUCAAGAACCCAUUGCACCGCAAGUACAGAACCAAAGUCCUCCAGCAUCUGGCAGUCCAGUACCUACAACUGAAACCCAUCAAGAAGAAGAAGAUGAAGAAGAGGAAUUGACUGAAGCAGAAAUAAAUACAGCUAGGAAACCUUCGAGUGUAGCGGAAUUGAAACGGAAGCAGACAACAGCAGUUGUAUUACUAGGUGUAAUAGGAGCUGAAUUUGGUCAGGAUGUUGCUACUAUGAAUCAAAGAAGAGAUAAUGAUCAAAGACGAAAAAGCUCAAUCGUAGAAGGUUUUGGAAUAGGAAACAAUGAUCUUGCCAGACAUACUACUAUGGCACUUACACAUCUGUUACAUGCACCUCACUCACCAAAGUUGCCCUUACACACAGCUUUAAGAAGGGCAGCAAUUGAUCUUAUUGGUAGAGGAUUCACUGUCUGGGAACUGUAUCUUGAUGUGUCAAAAGUAUUAUUAGGACUUUUGGAAAUGUGCUGCGAUGCAGAUAAAUUAGUACCAAGCAUGACAUAUGGCCUUCCACUUACACCUCAGGCAGAUACAUGUCGUACAGCACGUCAUGCUUUAACUUUAAUAGCCACUGCAAGACCCGCAGCAUUCAUUACUACGAUGGCACGGGAAGUGGCUAGGUACAAUACACUACAACAAAAUGCGCAAACGUUAAAUGUAAAUAUGGGUGCAAGUGUUUUAGCUAGGGCAAAACCAGAAAUACUCAGAAUUGUUGAACAAUUAAUCGACAAAAUGCAAAGCGAAAUGAGCGAUCUUUUAGUGGAGGUCAUGGAUAUUAUUUUACAUUGCUUGGACCCAGGUCAUCUGAAAACCAAACCAUUAAAUGAUGUAUUCCCAGCCGUAUGUAGAUUUAAUCAAGUAAGUCAUUGUCCAGCAACCCGCAGGAUAGCAGUAGGUAGUCGAAACGGUCAACUCGCUCUGUACGAACUGCGAGGUAACGUUAAAUGCCAAACAGUACCUGCGCAUUCGGGAUCUGUAACAGCGUUAGCAUUUUCACCUGAGGGCAAGUUCCUGGUUAGUUACUCUUGUACGGAAAACAAGUUAUGUUUUUGGCAGCAAACAAGUAGCGGAAUGUUUGGUCUAGGAAAUUCACAAACGCGUUGCGUUAAGUCAUAUAGUACCGCGCCAAUUAAUGAUGUAGCGCGAUUAAAUCCUAUGCGACUAGCUCGUCUAAUAUGGAUAAAUAACCGAACCGUUACGUUGAUGCUUGCUGACGGAUCUGAAACACGGUUCAACGUAUAAUCUGUACAUGAACCUUCCUAUUCCAGCACUGAUCAAACAAAACAAUCAAACAGUCCAGCAAAUGGGAUCAGUCUACAAGCAGAAACGUGAAAUAAUUCUAGGCGAAACAAAGAACCGAAAGUGCCGUCAUGAAUGUUGGUGCGUUUGUUGGUACUUAAUAGUGCUAGUGGUAAUUAAUCGGAAUACCGUUAUCAUUCGAAAGUAAAAACUCCAGUGACGAGUUUUAUUGUUCACGACGCAGGAUACUACAUAACAAUUAUCGUCAGACAUGGUACGGAAAUUUGUUCCUUUUUAGUAUAUUUCUUUUUUUCCAUUUAUAUAAUAUAAUUUUCUCAUUUUCUUGGCUACAUAUAAAUUCAAUUUUUGCAUUGCAGUAGUAGCCAGAAAUAAUUUUGAACAUCGUCACGCUUUAAGAAGAGUAUUCUUUUUAUAUAGUAAUUUAAUUGUAUUACCAGUUAAACAUUAACUAAUCUAAAACUUAAAAAAAGAAUAUAAAACGCUUUCAUACUGACACAAAUAUAUAAUGUGUAACUUGUUGAACAUUUCUACAUAAAACAAUUUAUGUGUCGUAUUGUACAUUGUACAACAUUAUAUUAUUGCGUGUGCUAUUUACGCCGCGUUUGCAUAUUCCUGAAAUUUGGAUAUACUAAUGGUUAAAUGGUUACCGUACGGAACCUCGCGUAAUGAAAUAUUAUGAUACAUACAUGUGUAUAUAUACAUACCAAAAAAAUGAGAAAAAAUAUGAAUUGUCGCCCAAGGAUUUGUACAUACAUAAUACAUCACUGGCGAACCGUAGAUGAAUAUAACAAUUUGUAUGAAUUAUCUGUUCAUUUUGUUCAUGUAUAGUCGAACGCUUGAAAUAGAUUUUUGUUAUCACGUUAUUUGUACCAUUUAACGAAUGAAAUACUUUCGAAUCUAAUAGAAAAUUUACAACUACACGCCAGAAUAUGAUUUUAAUGGCCACUCUAUCGCAUGUUUGGUACUUAUGACUAUAAAUAAAGUAAAAAUAAAAAGCAAGAACUAAAUUUUAGACAAAAGAAAAUAUUAUUUCUAAAAUAAUUAUUUCAAUUUUUAAUAUACUCCAGUUACCGUACGCCUUUUAUAAAUAUUCCAUGCAUAUAUGUUUAUGUAAUAAUAUUUAUUUCGUCGUAUAGAUUCGAAAAAAACGACGGAUUGAAUUUAGUCUGUAUAGUGAUUCGAAUAUAAAGUGUGAUUACUGUUAUUUUCUCCUUUUUAACUAAGGUGUCUCUCCAUUCAGAAAUGAUAGGCGAUACAAUGGAGAAUAGAAGAUAUUAAGUUUAUUAGCUUAAUUUAUUUUCGUUAUAUUAAAUCUUAUAAGUUUAGCAAUGUUUUCUGUAAACACGAUGAACACAUACGUGUUUUGUAUACGUGUCAUUGACUAGAAAAAUUAUAACUUUGUUAUCCAGCUUCUUACAGAUAUAAAAGUUUCAUUCUUGCAGAAUGAAAUAUGCAAUUAUGUAAUUGUGCAAUCCUUAUAUUUCGGAUUUAUUAUCCAUGAUGGAUAGCACAAAAUUACGAUGAAUCUUUCAACAAAUUAAACGUAUUUAAAUAUAAUUGGGCUACAUGUAUAAAAUUGAUAGUAAAAAUUUUAAACCGAGACCAUGUAACAUUUGGGUCACCAAUCUGACUUUGCUUUUAUACAUAGUACACAGCAAAGAUAAAAAUUUAUUCAAGCAAUAGAUGAUAAGUUAAAACAAUGUGUAGAAUUCUGUUUCUAUUAGCUGUUUGAUUCAAUUAUAAUGUAAGUUUGUAGAUGUUAAUAAUGAAGCAUUAUUUUCUUCUGUAGAAUUGUACAAUACUGUUUAAUAUUGUUCUAUGUUUCAAUGUUAGAAACCUACAAACAAUGUAUUACUUAUAAAAGAUAUACAAUUUCAUUGUGCGUAUAAUGAAGACUUUACUCAGGUAUUUAAUCAAGUAUACAUCCUAAAUACGUUUCUACAAACUAUUAUAACUUAUCAUCAAUUAUUUGAACAAAAUUUGAUUUUUGUUAUGUAACAUAAAUGAUAAUAUGUAGCAUGCAAAAACUCAUUAUACAAGAUUGAUAAUAAGUUUAAAACUGUCCUUUCUUCAAUACUUUGCACGUACUUAUACAUAAUACCACAGUUAAAUACAAAUAGAAAAAUAAUUAACGUAUGUCUAUAUAUGAAUUACAUUGUAUUAAGUCUAGAAAAGUAAAAUUCAACAUCAACUGAAAUACUAAAAGGAGAUGUAUUCUGAUAUUCAUCAAAUAUCCAGUAUACAUAGAAAUUUAUUUCCAUACAGUAUUUUCAUUUUCCUACACUCCUUCACCUUUUAGUUUUUUUAGUCGUGUGGUAUUAUUUGUAAAUAUGUACUAAGAGUAUACAAAAUGUACGUUGAAUAUUUAAAUAUAUCGUUAUAUGCAAUGUGUGUUGCGUACAAAACUAAAUGAAACCUGUAAUCCAAAUGGCACAUAGUAUUUUUGUGUCGCUAUUGAUGAAUAUUUUUUACCGGUAUGUUGAAUCAUUUGCCAGAACAUCAAAUACUAUUAUUCUCUAAACAAAUAAUUGUUUUCAACAUUUGCUUGUUAUUUUGUAAAAGUACAUUGUAAAUUAUUUAGUUGGAAAUGUAAAAAUUUAACAUCAACAUAUUUUUUGACUUGUAGAAUAGAAAUUAAACGAAUGAAUUGACUUGUUGAUAAAUGUAAGUGACAUAAAUAUUGCGAAUAUAGCGUGAUAAAGAAGUAUUAGUACUAUAGGCAUUUGUCACGCAGGCACGUUUAUAACCGAUAAUAAAAUAAAAUACUCGUGAACGCCAAAAAAUAUAGAUUUCGUGAGAAGGCACGAGACGAUGGACCUACUCAGCGUAGCAUCUCCUAUCGAGGUGGAUCAAACGAUUUUUCAGUGUUGCUUGUAUCUUGUAUAUAAAAUCAAAUUAUGCCAACUUGUAUCUAUGUAAUUUAUGUGUAUAUUAUGUACUUUAUCUUGCGUUAUAUGUGGGUAAACCAGUCCUGUUCAGAAUUGUUCUUGAAACCAAUAUGAUUUUCUACAAUUAUAGUUACUAUAGUUUUACUGUAGCACACUGCUGAUCAUGAGAAUAUGUGUCUACCCCACUCAUUGUCAGACUGUCUAAAUAUCAUCAAUUUCAGAAACUACAGUGGAAUGAAUAACUAUUGUGAUGGUCAGUGUUUUACAUUAAAUAAAUGACUAAAUUUGUUUCUGAGGGCCCGACAUAAACACAAUAACAUAACACAAUGUAACGAAUAGAGAAAUAUCAAAUCACACAAGGAAUUCCAAUCAUGAACAGGACUGGUAUAAUCAAGGAAACGAUCAGGAAAAUAGAUUUUCCUUCUUAUCGGACACUCUCUCGUAGUUGACAAUGAUGCUCAGUGAUGGAUACUCGAUAACAACUCCAUUAAAGUAAAUUAACCUUAUGGAGAUCUCUGAAUCACUGCUACAAUUUAGGAAUUUGUUUCAUCUCAAAUGAAUAUGAUGAACUUUAAAGUAAAUGUUUUUCUAAAAUUGUAUUCUUUCAAAAUGAAAAGUAAUUAAAUUUUAUAUUUUUUAUUUGUACAAAAUCAGAUAAACAUACUAUUGAAUGCGUAAACAUUUGAAAAUCUCAAAUAUUUUCAAAUUGUUUCAACUCCUUAUAUUUCAGUGUUCAUUCCAUUAUUCAUUGAGAACCAUUCGAAUAAUUAUGGAUUUCAUCACUAAUGGAGCGUUUGAUGCGAAAGAAAGUAUACCGCACGUGUUGUAAUCGUUAUGCAAUAAUUAAUGUAUUUAAAUGUAACCAAUGUGAAACGCGUUGCGUUGAAGAAUAAUAUAUGUACCAUAAUAACGAAAUUCUUUCUUAUCUUGAUAAAUGUUAUAUUUUCGUAUUAUUUUAUUAUCAAAUAAUAUGAAGUAGUUCGUACCGCAAAAGUAAAAAUAGUUUUACUUAAUUAAUGCUAAUGAUUUUUACAAUAAAAUAGCUCUUGCAAAAAAAUAGGACCUAAUUAUAAUUACAAAUUUUAAUCGUAAUUAUAUUGGCAAGAAAACUAAUACAUAAUCUUUAAAUGACAUUUGAUAUUCAAAUUCUAAGGAAUUGUCAAUUAUUUGAUCUAUUUUUCUGUACAAAAAAUAUUUU